AUGAACGCCAAGAGGAAGAAGCACCAAGUUAAUACCACAGUCAACCACAAGUCGGUCACUUUCAAUCACCUCAAAGACGAUGAACUUCUCAUCAUAUUUUCGUAUUUAGAUUUAAGACAACAGUUCACUGCAAUGGCUGUCUGUAAGCGCUGGAACUGUUUGGUUCAAUGGAUACUACGGGUCCGCAAAUCAUUGAGUUUUGUGGACGACACCAAAGAUCUGUCCGAUUGGCAUCAGGACCGCUGGUAUGAACUGACAACCCGUCCCACUCACUAUGAAAGAGUUGCUUUCAGUUCUGUCACACAACUCGUGUCACACAUCGUCAGGAAAAGUCCGAACCUCAAGAGUCUGGAUAUGGAGUGCUUCACAAUUAACUCCAAAGCAAUAGACCUCUUGGCCACCAAUUGUCUCAAACUCGAGAGACUCAAUCUGGACAGCANUUCUGUCACACAACUCGUGUCACACAUCGUCAGGAAAAGUCCGAACCUCAAGAGUCUGGAUAUGGAGUGCUUCACAAUUAACUCCAAAGCAAUAGACCUCUUGGCCACCAAUUGUCUCAAACUCGAGAGACUCAAUCUGGACAGCAGUACAGGAUUCACACCACAAGUGGGCCGUUACUUUCAAACUCAUUUUGAUUGUUUGAAAUACUUGAACGUCUCAUGUGUUUCAGACAUUACGGAAAGUUUUGUUUCAAGAGUCUUGCGAUCAAAACUCAAUUUGGUUGCACUCAAUAUCUGCGGGACUCUCAUCACAGGAGAAUGUCUUUCCCUUUUGCCGCAAAGCCUUGAAUACCUCAACAUAUCUUACUGUUGGAGCCUAAAAGAGUCGACCAUUUCAACACUGGUCUCAUCCCAAUGUCAGAAACUCAAGCAUUUGGUGGCAAACAAUUUCGACUUCCCGUCGAGUGACCAGUCGCUGACAGAUAUUUGUAAUAAAUUCCAAGAAUUACAAUGUCUUGACAUGAGUUAUGGGAAGUGCACUGAAAGGGAGUUCCAUAUGAGUCCCUUUUCAACCCAUGGCUUCUCAUCAAUUGCAAGACUCAAACAAUUGGUGAGUUUGACGAUUAGAAAGAUUAUCCAAAGCUGUCAUCUUCUCCGCCAUUUAGUCAUUGACAUGAGAACCGAGACAACUGUCACUGACUUCUCAAUCACUUUGAUCCCCAAAUAUUCACCACUUUUGGAAACUCUGGAAAUCAGUGGAAACAGAGCCAUAAGUGACAGCGCAGUCAUCACUGCCAUCACUGGACUGACUCGUCUCAAGAAAUUAUUUCUGUUUGAGAUGAGUGUCACCGACGAUGUCGUGGAUUUCGUGGCCAAGAAUUGCCAUCAGUUGAGAAAAUUAAAUGUCAACCGAUGCCAUCGCAUCUCAAAGUUGUCUUUAUUGGCGUUCAUCGAGAAGGCAAAGAAAAUUCCCCAACAAAAGUUCCACUUCGAAGCCAUCAAUACAAGAAUUUUUAUCAAAACUGUAGUCAAGAAUCGUGUCCUACAGAUGAAGGAUUUGCCCACAAAUAUAGCAUUCAAAUUCAUCGGAAGUGUUAGUCCGGACUCGACUCCGGAGAUGACUGGAUGUACUCAUAUAUACAGUAUCCAUGCAUUCAAACACUACUAUUGA